CGAAAGAGAAAAAAAAGAGGAAAGUGGCGCCGGACGCUGAGAAUCGAGGAUUUUUUAAAAAUUAUAAACACGGCAGCGGUGUCUCGAUCGAUGAAAUGAAAAACAUUAAUUAAAAACCGAAGAUGCGAAGGUGGUAAGAGUGCGAUCCUGUCUGUCGGUUUUGAGUUUUCCCAUGUGCCGAGAAGAUGGAGCAAAACGAAAUUCUGAGGAAAUUCAUUGAUCGGGUGCUGGAGAUGAAAGUCCGCGACCAGAAUGGGGAGGAUAACUUUGCCAGCGACUUCAUGCGACUCAGAAGACUGUCAACUAAAUAUAGAACUGAGAAGAUCUACCCAACAAACAUUGGAGAAAAGGAAGAAAAUGUUAAAAAGAACAGAUAUAAAGACAUCUUGCCAUUUGACCAUAGCAGGGUGAAACUUGCAUUGAAAAUUUCAGAUCAAGAUUCAGAUUAUAUCAAUGCUAAUUUUAUUAAGGGAGUUUAUGGGCCAAGAUCAUACAUAGCUACCCAGGGCCCACUUGCAAAUUCUGUACUUGACUUUUGGAGGAUGAUCUGGGAAUACAAAGUUGUAAUAAUUGUGAUGGCUUGCCGUGAGUUUGAAAUGGGAAGAAAAAAGUGUGAGCGCUACUGGCCAUUACAUGGGGAUGGAGUUCUCCACCUUGGAGAAUUUCAGAUUACUUGUGAAGCAGAACAAUCAAGAGAUGACUAUUUUAUAAGGACUCUAUUAGUGGAAUUCCAGAAUGAAUCUCGGAGAAUCUAUCAAUUCCAUUACAUAAACUGGCCUGAUCAUGAUGUUCCAUCUUCAUUUGAUUCUAUUUUGGAUAUGAUCAGUUUGAUGCGAGAAUAUCAAGAACAUGAGGAUGUCCCCAUUUGUAUCCACUGCAGUGCUGGAUGUGGAAGAACUGGUGCCAUAUGUGCAAUUGACUAUACCUGGAAUUUGCUAAAAGCAGGGAAAAUUCCUGAGGAAUUCAGUGUGUUCAAUUUGAUUCAAGAAAUGAGAACACAAAGGCAUUCUGCAGUUCAAACAAAGGAGCAAUAUGAGCUUGUUCAUCGUGCAAUAGCUCAGAUAUUUGAAAAAGAGCUACAAAGGAGUCAACGCACUGAAAAUCUUUCUGACACUGAUGACAUUAGUUCUGAAAAUACAACUAUUUCUUCUCUUCCUGACAAAUCUGAUUCACCACCACCAAAACCACCACGAGUACGAAGUGUCUUUCCUAGUAGUCAGCCUACAAACGUCACAGUUGUCAAUGCCAAUCUUCAUGCAUCAGGCAGCUGCCUGUUGGAAGGAGAUGCAAAAGAAGAAAUAUUGCAGCCUCCGGAGCCCCAACCUGUACCACCUAUUCUCACUCCUUCCCCUCCGUCUGCCUACCCAGCUGUUACUACAGUGUGGCAAGACAAUGACCGCUACCAUCCUAAGCCAGUGGUGCAUUCAUUUACAACGCCACCUCCCACAGACCUUAAUGAAAAUUACAACAAAACUUUGGAUACCUACAAACAGAAUGAAAAUUGUGCUGUGCAUGUUGACCCUAUUGAAAAAAAGCUGGAAAGAAAACUGAGUAUUGAAAUAAAGAAAAUACCACUCCAAGAGGGACCCAAAAGUUUUGAAGUGUCCCCACCUGCUGGAAGCAGCUGUUUGAACAGAGUAUCAUCAAGUAAAGUGAAGCCUACGUCAGCAGUUAAGAAUGAGGAAACCAAUAAACCUGUGGAACCAAGUGGUGGACAAAUUUCUGCAGUUUCAGAGGUGGAUGUUCAUCACAUGGAUGCUGCUCAAGAAGGGAGGAGUUCUGAUGUUGUCUUGAGACCAGUACAGUUGCCACUGAAGGAAAGAGCUCAUGCUAUGUGGAACAAGGCAAGCCAUGAAUGUACACCAACUGCAUUUAGCACAUCUACUGGUGAUAAACUCUGUAAUACUCAAAGCCAUUCUUCCCAAGCAUCUGCUGUACCAGCCGAGACAUCAAAAGACAGAACUGUAAUUCAGCAUUUGGCUCUGGACACUGAUGGCACUGGUAUGAAUGUGGCACCCCUCAGUUUUAGUAAUCCGCUCCACUCUGAUUCAGAGCCAGAAGAGAUGGAUGUUGGGACAGCUGUACCUAAAAAUGUUACCAGUAUUUUAGCAAGUGCCACUGUUACUGCUGCUAUACAAAAUGAAACACCUUUGGCAAGAAAAAUAUCACCUAUGUCUAUUGCUCGGGAACAUACACCCAACACACUAAAUGUAGGAUCUGAGGAAUGUUCUGGGAGCAAAGAAGACAGUCCACCACCUUUACCAGAAAGAACUCCUGAAUCUUUUGUUGUGGCUAACGAAUCUGACUUCCCUUUCAGGCCGUCUCAUAUUGGGAAGUCUGCAGAAUGGAGUGGCUUUCCACAACCACAUACCAUUGAGCAAGUAAAGAUGGUGAGGAGUAAGAGCCUGAAAAAUCCUCGAAGUUCAAGAACAAAUACAUGUGAAACACAGGAUAGUGGGAGGCUAUUGGGUGAUUCAGAAUUAGUUAAUACAACCAGGGGUGAGGUAGACCAAACCUCAGAAACAAAUAUGAAACAAAGAGAACGUGGUUCAGAUUUAGACAGUGGUUUCCUUUCGAAAAUGAGCAUGCUGAGAACUGUCCUUGUAUCCUGUCUCCAAAAAUCAGGAUUCAAUAAUCGUUACACAAAACCGAAAGGGCCAAGAGAUCCUCCUCCUGAGUGGACAUGAUGGAGCAGAUAUUCAAAUAGACCGUAAUACUGGAGUAUCUCCCUUCAAGUGCCACAAAAGGACUGAAAAGUAGAAAAAUUAUUCACACUCACUAAAAACAAUCUUUCUUUACUAACAAAAAAAGCAAGAACAAUUUAGAUGACUUAUCAGUUACAAAAUGGUACACAGUUUACAUCUAUUGUAACUUGCUAUAAACCUUCCAAGGGUGUGGAUUCCGGUGCUAAAUAUCUCUUUGCUGGGACCAUUUUUACCCGCCUUAUUUCACAGUUAAAGUAUUAAGACUUUUUUUAAAAAAAGUAAAGUAUUACAGGCCUUAUUUUUUGGGGGGGAAUUUGUUACACUGCUUUUAGGAUUGUAUAGUAAUAUAGUAAGUAUAAAUAGGUAGUCUGUGACAACUAUUCUCUGCUAACUUUCAGAAAUUACUAUGUGCAUUAGUCUCUUUUUAUGUAUGUACAGGGCAGGUAGGUAUAUAAUUGACAAUGUUGCAGAUAUUAAAUAUUCUUAACAGAAGAUGUAAGAAAUCUGUGCAUGAUCUAAACCUUGUGUACCAUUUUUUGUAAAUUAUUUGCCCUGAAAUUAUUGAAAAAUAUUCUUUCAGGCAUUCUUAACUACUGGAAAUAAGCAGGAAAUUGCAGUUUAACAGGGGUUGAGAUUGUAAUAAUACAUUUGUAAAUUAUAAGCAAAAGGAUAUUUUUAUAUUAUAUGCUGUUAAUAACCAAUCCCACUUUGAUCUCUUGUUCAUUUGGCCUUGAAUUUAGUAAGUGCCUUCGAACAGUAUGCAAUCCUGUUAACAUCAUGUAAGCAUUUUGUUUGUGCUUUUGUGCAUUGGGAAUAAAAGGACUAUCAGUCUCACAAUCUUGUAUUUUACAAUAUUACCUGUCAGUAAAGAUCUAAAAGCAAAGUA